AUGUCUUCAUCCGACGCUGAAGUUGAUAUUAGUGUGGUGUCCAGUCCGGAGCCUAGUCCGUUGGGCGCCGCCGGCAUGAGCAAUGGUCGCGAGAGCCCCUUGGCACGCUCAGUCGAUGAUAGCUCCCCACCAGCGACGCCCACGCAGCGCUCCACGCCAAAUACUACUGCCGGCACGCCCACAUCUACAUCAGCUGUGGCCGUACCGCACUAUCACCACAGUCCCAACGGCGCCGUGCCGCCGGCAGUGUUGCAUCAUCAUCUACAGCAUCAUCUCAGCUCGCUCAGUGGCCAUCCCGUGGCGCUGCAUCACGCGUUGCAUAGUUUCAGCCAUCUGCAUCCGGCUCAUGCCGCUCCGCAUCCCGCUCUUCUGCAGCACGCCGUCGCUCCCACACAUCUUGGCGAUCGACUAGGCUCACCGCCCGCCCUAGCUGCCAUGGCACCCAAAACACCUGAAUUAGACGGCAAUGGCAACGGCAGCGCCAGCGAAGAGCUUGCACAGAGCCUGAAUAACAACAACAGCAAAACUGUGAAUCACAACAGCACAUGUGCCUCAGCGGCCGCAGCCGCAGUGGCAGCAGCGGCGGCCUCCAUUGGAGCCAACAGCAACGAUAGCAAUGCGAGCAGCAAUGGCAACAAGGCCACCACUGGCACCAAUGGCUUCACCAGCUUCUCCAUCUCCAGCAUAUUGAGCCGCAGCGAGCCGGCGAAAAAGAAUGGCGCCACAGCGUUGAUAACGCCUAUUCCGCAACUGCCGCAACAUGGCGCUGGCGGACCUCAGGAUGCAGCCAUGCUCUCAAGACUGGGAUUCAUUUCGCAAUGGGGCGCCUUGGCAGGACGCUAUGCAGCUUUAUGCCCACCUGGCUGGCCCUGGGCACCACAGCGAAUGCCCUUCCAUAGCCCAACGCACGACAGUUCCUCCACAAACACCACUGAAAAUCCACCAUCGCCCACUUCUCUCAGCCCUAGCAGCGGCAACAACAACAACAACAACAACAACAAUAACAACAACAGCAACAUUGACAACAACCACACUACGAAUGCCAACAGCAACAACACGGGCAAUGGCCACGCCAGCAAAUCACCACCGCCUGGUAUGACUGGAUCGCACCACGGGUCACAUCAUUCGCUCUACCAGCAGCAUCAACAGCAUCCACAUGGCAGCCAACAGCAUCUACAGCAUCCACAUCAGCCCAGCACACCCACCAGCAGCGCUGGCGGACUCUCGCAUCAUGGACAUCAUCUGUCGGGCUCUCAUGCGAGCGGCAGUUAUAUGCUGCCCACCAGUUCUAACGAAUCGGACGAUGACGGCGAGGAAAUCAUUGAGGAAGAUGAUGGCACCGAUGGUCCAUCUGACAGUUCAUCGCCGCACGGCGAUGGCAGCAAUUCCAAGCGUAAAAAGAAAACGCGCACAGUUUUCUCGCGGGCUCAAGUUUUCCAGCUAGAGUCGACGUUCGAUCUCAAGCGAUACCUCAGCUCAUCGGAACGUGCUGGCCUGGCAGCCUCUCUACGUCUGACCGAGACACAGGUAAAGAUAUGGUUUCAAAAUCGCCGCAACAAAUGGAAACGGCAGCUGGCCGCUGAGCUAGAAGCCGCCAACAUGGCCAACAUGGCACACGCGGCACAGCGUUUGGUGCGCGUGCCUGUGCUUUAUCACGAUGGCACCACGGCUGGCUUUGUUCCGCCACCGCCACCGCAUCAUCAUCCAAUGCAAUAUUAUGCUGCGGCCGCUGCUCGCAACACCAGCCCACCACGGCCGCCGUUGUCGUCGCUUGUAUAGAACGUGGGCUGCCUGGCGGCGCCCAUGACGCUGCUGAAGCCGCCACCGCCCUCGGUGAUGCCGCCCAUGCCGCUGCGAAUACCUGCGAUGCAGCUAAGACGCUGCUCCGUAGAAGUGGACUCCGACGGCGAGCAGGAGCCGUUAACAUGCAUAGACGAGGACGACGCUGCCAUUGAUGUUGAGGCUGACGAGGAGCCCGUCGCCCAGCAGCAGACAUCCAAUGACUACGUUCGAUCAACGCCAUCAGCUGCGCCUCCGCCGUCUUCCAGCACUUUCGAGUUGCACCAAAAAAACAACAACAACAAUAAUAAUUGUUUUGAGCGCAACGAAGUUGGUGGUCAUGGCUCGUCUAUGCAGGCUGCUGUCGAGGAGAAAUCGAUAAUCAACAAGGCGCACUCCUACUAAACAGCUGGUAUCUCCUGUGCGGGCCGCACCGCCCACAGCCCACUCCCUGUUGCAUUGUAAAAUUCUAUUGAAAAGUUUGACAAAAGGAUCAGCGGCUAAGUGCACAUCAAUUGGUUUCAAUGCUAACCACAAAGGCCAAAAAAUGAGGACGGCUCACCGCGCCUCUUAAGCAUAAUCGUUAUAAAGCUGUAAAGUUUUGAAUAGUUUGUUCCUAAAGCUUUUGUAUAUAGACAUACCACUUCUGUAGAAGCUCGCAUACCCUACUCAAGAGACACGGAUGUGGACAUCCCAAGCUAAGCUCCUUUUUCUGUCUCUCUCUCUC